ACGGCCCGGGCCCCCGUUUCCGGGGUCGGCGCCUCGGAAGCUCUCGGUGCGUUCAAAGAGUGGCGGGGAGGAGAGGCCCGGAGGGAGCGGCCCCGGGGCCCGGCGGGGUUUGGGAAGGGGGCAAAUGGGGAACCGAGGGAUUCUCUCAGUCUUGGAUGUGGUUUUUGAGCUGCUGACUGCCCCUAGCAGAACUUCCUCACCCUAAAUGAAGAGAUCAGGCCUUGGGGAAGUAGUUUCCUUCCCUUCUUGAGGAAAGGAACUGCCUUUGUGUCCUGUUGGCUGACAGAGAGCUCCCUUCCUUUGGAAUUCAGCAACCAUGGGGCCACCAGAAAGAGAAGAGAAAGAGCAGAGCAUAAUCCUGAUCAGUGAUGAUGAAUCUGAGGGCACUCUGGGGAAUUCAGUUCUGGUGGUGGACCCACUGGACAAAACAACCCUGGAAGAGGAGAAAGCUGAAGAAGUUGUGGAUGAGGAAUGUGAGCUGGUGGUUACUUUCUGUAAACAAGCAAAAGUGAUGCCUCAUGCCAGAUACGACUGCACCACCCACCCCUUUGAGAGAAGGGAAUGUGACACAUGCUCCCCCCUGGGGACAAACGCGGAGAUUUGUAACCAGUGCUACUGCUACAUCUGUGACAAACUGGCCUCUGAGUGCCAGAACUGGACAACUCCAUCUCUCUGCCACUGCAAUGCACACAAUAAAAGCAAAUUCUGGAAGGACCAAAGGGACUUUGCCUUGGCUGGAGUCCUGGUCAUCUUCAAUUUUGAGCUCACAGACAUCGACUCAGAGCUUCGGCGUGGGGGAAGCCUCCUGAUAGAAUUUAUCCAGGAGCUCUCUGUGGAAUAUAACAAAUAUCUGCUUGGAGAAAGGAUUCCUCCCACACUGCACCAAUGCUUUUGCCUCCCCAAAUUGCCUCCUGGGGAAUGCAACAUCUGCAGGUCACGGAACUUGGAGGUGGUUUACAAGUACUCUGGAGUUUUUGCUCUGGUAUCAAGAUUUUUAAAUCAGGCAGAAACAGAAAGACCUAAAGCUGCUGCUGUCAUGUUUCUGGGAGCAGCUAAGGAGAUAGCUCUCCACAAAGACCCUGCUUUAAGCUGGCAGAACCUUGGGCAUACUGAUUCCUUAAAGAUUGCUGUCCCCUGCCUGCUGCAGAGGAUCACAACACACCUUCAGAGGAUGCUGGUGUUGUGUGACUUCCCAAAAAGUCUGUAUGACAAGUUUGUGAGUUUUUUUCAGUCCAUCUCCCUUCCAUGUCACUGUUUUGGCUUCUCAAAUAGCUUGAACGUUGUGCCCUGGGACCAUGGAUUACUGACCACAGUUUUAAAAGGUCAGAACAUCACUGGGCAAAGAACACAGAAAGGAAGAAAAAUAUUUCUGUGGGAAACACUCCCUGUUAUAGAGGCUCGAGUGGAGAAGUUGGAAGACAACAUGAACUAUAAAGAAGUUGUUCGUUACCUGAGAGCUGUCAAGUGCAAUGAUACCAAAGGGUUGAGAAACCUUCGAGAUAAAAUCCCUUUCUACUUGUGUAAAACUGGAGACUUCAUGGAUGCAACACACUCACUGCUGUUUCCCACCAACAGCCUGGCCUGCUGCACUGCCUGCAGGAUCACACCCCUCCAGUUUGAGGUCUACCUGAAGAUGUUCAGAACAGGCAGUGUCCCCUCUGGGAAGAGUAUGCUAGAUCCUGGACCUUGGAUCCCAGCUGGGUCUCCUUUGAAAGACAGCAUCCUAAUUAAGCAGGCACUCAGACUCCUUUACAGCAACAUCUCACUCUACAGGAAUCCUAAAUGCUGGAGUUCCCUCAUCAUGAUCUUGGGUAGCAGCAAUUUUUUGGAGAGAAGUGGGCACCUACACCCCCUAUCCCUGAAGGAGCCACCUCUUGACUUCCAAAAGGGGGUGCUGGCAGUCAGUGGUGGCCUUUUGGAGGACCUGAAGGCAAAAGUCAAUGUUUCUUUACCAUCCUCUAUUUUCACUCCUCAUUUGCACCAUGAGGCUUGCCUGAUUCUUGCAGUGCAAGCAAUACACCAGAUGCUCUUUUGUGAUCUUCCAUAUUUGAAUUCCUUUUUGGAGAUAGCCCUGGCUUUUGGGAAUAACUUCUGGGCUCUGAGGCUGUUACUGGAGCACCUUUCCUAUGAAGAACAUGUUCUCCAGGGCACUGUCAACCUGAUUUUGAGAGACCUGGAUCGUCAGAAAGCAACAAUGUUAAAGCUGUGGCAAAACCUUGGUCCCCAGUACGUGGGUGAGUUCCUUUGCCUGUUCCUGACUUGCAGACACAAGAGGAUGCAGUCCAUUGGCCUCUUUGCUCUGAAUAUUAUUACAGAGAACCUGCAUGUGUGUCCAUGGGCAAAGCAUCUUUGCAACUUCUUCCACAACGCAGGAUUAAGGCACCUGCCCCUUGGCCCUGCAGCUCACACCGAAGUCUCCAAGUUCAUAAACAUUUUUGAAAAACUCUAAUCCAGUAGAACCUCCAGGAAUAUCUUCCAGUUUGUCUUAAAUCUGAGAAAUCUCUUCGUGGAGUCCCCUGUGUUCUGCUUUGGUUGUCAUCUUCAAAAACAUUCAGCCAAGAACUGACUUCAGAAAGACCCAAAAAAACCCAAAACUGAGCCCCUGUGUUAUGACAGUGAACGGUGGCUGCGUUUCAGCAGACCUUUUGGAACUUUCAGGUCCAUGUACUAAGCAGUGGUUGGAAGCAAGAGCAGGCUUAGGUUUGUUUUAUGGUUUUUUAAAAGCCAAUCUGUAGAGAGAUCACAGAAGGAAUGAGGAGAGAGGAACCCAAGCAAAGGAGGAAGGCCCACGAGUCUGUACCUGUGGGCGAGGUGGCUCCAGCAGAGCAACUACAGGGAGAGGAAAGGUUUUUAAAAAAAAAACAAACAGGAAAAGUGCCUCUCUGCAGGUGUAGCAGGGGGUGUUACAGUGCUGUUUGCACAUCCUCUUUUUUACUGUGUGCCUAUGAAAUUAAACCACUCUUGAGGCUGAAAGACAUUAACUGCAGCUUGCUUACUGCCUUCAAGAAAGCAGAUUCAGGGAGGCCUAAGGCAGUGAAGAGCUUGGUUUGGGUGUAAAUAAAAAGACUCAUUUUCAGGGUUUUCCAGCUGAGAGGCUUUGGUUUUUAUGUUCUGUGAUAGGUGACAGACUGGUGCUGACAGCUCUCUGGGUUUCUCAAAUCCUUAAUUUACUGGUAAGCUUCUGAGUUGACUUUUAAAUAGAGAAAUCUUUCUAGCCUGGUUUCUACCCUGCCCUGCUCUACCUGUCUGAGUGGGUUUGGCAGUCAGGUUAAAAAAAAAACCUUAGUACAUGAUGACCUGUAUUUUGCACAUUUAAUGCUUUCAGUGGCUUUUCCAGCUUUUCUUAUCCCAAAUAAGCUAUGCUGCUGUUCAGGUUUGUUACAGAAGUGUACAUGUAUCUAAAUCCACACAACCUCCAAGUAAAACUCUGUAGAAAUUCUGUCAUUAUGUCAUCAGUUCUGA